CAGCCCCACACCGCCCAGCCCCACACGUUCCCCCUUGGCCGCCCCCCACACACACGGCACCGCCCCACACUCGCAGCCCGGCGCGGUGCGGCCCGGCAGGCAGCGCACAGGACAGGCCGAGAGCGGGGAACGAGGCCCCGCGCUGACGGAGCGGAUGGAGCUGGUGGCUGGCUGCUACGAGCAGAUCCUCUUCGGCUUCACAGCGCGGCCCGGAGAGCCUUGGACGGUUACACCUGAUUUUACUCACCAUGCCCACACCGCUUCCCUGUCAGCGGUAGCGGUGAACAGCAAAUAUGUGGUUACGGGGAGCAGGGAUGAGUCGAUCCAGAUCUAUGAUAUGAGGAAGAAGGUGGAGCACGGGGCGCUGCUGCAGCACAAUGGCACAAUAACUUGUCUGGAGUUCUAUGGUACUGCACAUCUACUGAGUGGGUCUGAAGAUGGACUCAUUUGUAUCUGGAACACAAAGAGAUGGGAAUGUCUGAAGUCCAUUAAGGCGCACAAGGGGCAGGUGACAUCUCUUUCUAUUCAUCCAUCCGGGAAAUUAGCUUUGUCAGUAGGAACAGAUAAAACAUUAAGAACUUGGAAUCUUGUAGAAGGACGAUCAGCCUUUAUAAAAAACCUGAAGCAAAAUGCCCACAUAAUUAAAUGGUCCCCUGAUGGAAAGAAAUACGUGACCGUGAUAGCAAAUAAGGUGGAUAUCUACAAACUCGAUACGGCUUCAAUCAUUGGCACUAUCACAAUAGAGAAAAGAAUUUCUUCCAUUCGAUUUAUUACAGAUUCUGUCCUUGCUGUAGCUGGAGAUGAUGAAAUCAUAAGGUUCUACAGCUGUGACUCUCAAAAAUGUCUGUGUGAAUUUAAAGCUCAUGAAAACAGAAUAAAAGACAUCUGUAGUUUUGAGAGGGAAGGACAACAUGUUAUUGUGACUGCGUCCAGUGACGGUUACAUUAAAGUGUGGAAUCUGGAUCUUAAUAAGAUUGAAAACGUGCCAUCCUUAUUAUGUGAAGUCAGCACCAAAGCUCGGCUGACAUGCCUUGCAGUGUGGCUUGACCAAGCUUCAGAAACGAAAGAAAAUUGUGGAGAAGCUGCAACACCAGCUGAAGCAAAUGAAACUGAGAAGCCAUCAGUAGUCAAGAAGAAGAAAGUUUGUGGGAUGAAUAAAAGUGGUAAAUUGCUAAAACAACGCAGAAGAAUUGUUCCAGCUAAGCGAAAAUUGGAAGCUCCACUGCAAAAGAAGAAAAAGAAGCAGAAGCAGAAUAGCUCAGAAUGAAGGUGAAUGCUGUUUCUCCUGGAUAAGAAGUAACUGCUGGUGUUGCUGUAGUUUUUACAAGGAUAUUUUCCAAGCAGAGGACAAAUACCUCAGAGCUGAUAGGAUUUUCCAGAGUAAUUUAUUUUUUACCCAGAUGAAUUGGCUGAUCACUUUGAGAAGCAAUAAAAGAGAUGGCAACUUUACCUGAGAGAACGAAGCUAAAAUAGCCAGCUAAAAUGAUAAAAAGAGCGACAUCUGCCUCAGUUAAACUUGUGUGUCUCAACUAUAUACGUAUUAAAGUUCUAUAUCAUUUUUCAUUCUUA